GGCUCCCAUUUUUAUGUAAUUUGAAUUAUUAAAGACCUGAUAUGCUUGAUAGUGUCUUAUUGGUCUUAUUUAUACUCCAUUCGUGUUUCCUUGGUUUUUUUUUUCUUUCUGCUCCUCAGACUAGAAAAUCUCAAUUAUGUUCCAUUCAAGCUCACUUACCUUUUCUUCUGCCCACUCAUAUCUGCUUUUAAUCUUUUCUAGUGAACAUUUUACUUUAGUUUUUUUUUUUUUCUGGCUCCAAACUUUCUGUUCGCUUCCUUUCUGUCAUUUGUGUUUCUUUAUUGACAUUGUCAUUUUGUUCAAAUAACGAUUUCCUGAUUUCCUCCAGUUCCUCUAUGGUUUAAUUGGGCUGUUUCUCUAUCCAAAAGCGUGGCCUCAACUUCUGUCCUUGUGGACAGUUUCUAAUAAUUUCUUAUACUUCUGGUAAAAGAGACGUGCUUUCUUGUUUGCAUGACACACGGCUUCUUGUUUAAGACACAUACAUCUAUCAUUCAUAUCUCUGCCCCAUCGCGGUUUCAGGUUCGUUGUUCCUGUUUGCUGUGUGUUAUUUCUUAACAAAUUUUGAAAAUUCUGUGUUUGUUUUCUCUGGCUACUGAAAUGUGCGUUCUUUCCAUCAGGGCUCAGUGUUUCUGUUCCUAAAAUGCCUUACAUCUGUGUGGGUCCACUUCUUAAGUGGCUAGCAAGAACGUCUCCUCUUUGCGAUAGCCUUCUGUUCCUGCUUGUGUGCAUCCUGCUGAUCAGCCAGAGGGGAAAUCUUAAGGCACUACUCUGGUCUUUCCUGAGCAUGCAUCCCACCUUGGACAUGUGUGUGGCAUUCCUGAUUACAGGCUGUAAGAAAGAGGUUUGAAAGCCCAUGUUACCCUGGGUGUGUCCUGUCCUGUCCCUUCACUCCUUCUCCUUUUUGAUCAGUCUGUGGCUCAUCCCAGAUCUUCUCUGAUAUCCCUGGCUUCUGGGGCCCAUGCUGGUUCCUGUGUGAGCUUUCAGCAAAUGUCACCUGAGAAACUGCCCCAGCCUUGGAAAUGCUCCAAGUCAGGCAAAACAAAGACAAGCCUCUGUGCCACUGCAUCAGGGACCAUCACACAAGUUGAAUAGACAAGCAUGGUCAUUAAGAUUAAUGCCUGUAUUGCUCCUUCUGGCAUUAGCAACCUGCAUCAGGAGUUUGUGUUGCUGACCUUAUCAGUGGUUGCUCACCUGAAACUGGAAUAUGUAGGCAGGCAUUUAAGCUGCAAUAGCACUUUCUUAACUCAAAGCCACAGAUUCCUUCUUUAUUUUCCAGGUCCUUAGUUGCUGCUGAGGAGUGAUCUAGCCCUGGAUAUCCCUACUUUGCAAUUUUCAGUGAUAUUACCGUGCACAUGGUUUUGGUUAUGAAUAUGGGCCUGACUUGCCGAGCCAAGGGCAUUCAGAUGAGCAGAUUCUGUUCUGUUUAUUUGCACUCAAAGGUUCCUUUAACUCAUUCAAAUGCUUCAUUAAGGUGCUUAUUUAAAGAUUGGCUUUCUGCAGUCGGAAGGCCUAGACAUGUAACCCAGAGGCUCUGAGACUACUGGACAAAGUGCUUAUCCUCCUGGACACAGGUGUCCACAUCUGUAAAAGGAGCUAUUUUGAUGAGAUCUGCUUGUCAGAUUAAUGCAGGCCUGCCAUUCCAGAAGUCUGUCACUCUAUUUUCAAAGUCAUCUUAGGGAAUUCCGGGAUUGUUCUGAACCUAACUGGGUCACACUGUCCCCACAAGUUCAUGUUGAAGCUCCAUACUCCGCUGUUUGGAAUGUGACUGUAUUUGUUUAUUAUUCCUUUUACAAAGUAAUUGGAUUAAAAUGAGGCCAUUAGUUUUGGCUAGAGUCCAAGUGGACUGUUUCUUUAAGAAGGGAAGUAUUGGGAUUUACAGGGAACCAGCAGGGGUAUUUGCGCACAGAUAAAAAAGGCAGGUGAAGAUACAGUGGGAAGGCAGCCGUCUGCAAGGCAAGUAGAGUCUCAGAAGCAGCCAACCCCGACAGUACUUUGCCGUUUGACGCCCAGCCACCAGAACUGUGAGGAAUUAACUUUGGUUUUUAGCCACUUUGCCUGUGGGAUUUUAUGAUAGCUUCCCUAGCACACUCAUCAGGGAAUUUCGUCCAUCAAAAUGAGCUUGCCUUUGGCCUGGGAAACUUUUAGAACGCUGCCCCUCAGCUCACUAAAAUGCUUUUUAUCGCCCCCAUGUGGCUGCGCCCACUUCCGGCAUAAGGCCAUCUGGCAGACCGGAAGAGGUGGUUGAUCAGGCAAGAUGGCGGCGGAAAUGGGCGCUAGCGUGGGUAUGCGCGUGGGUUCAGGGAUCCAAGGUGCAGAGGGCGGCAGCAGAGCUCUGUGUGAGGGUGCAUGGGUGGCGGUGUUGUGCCUGCUAUGGUUUGCGCUGAGCACGGGUGGCAGCGUGAUCAACAAGCUGAUCCUGAGCACCUUCCCGUUCCCGGUGACUUUGUCACUGUGUCACUUCCUGGUGCUGUGUGCUGGACUCCCACCACUGCUCCGAGCUUGGCGUGUGCCCUCAGCACCACCUGUCUCAAGCCCGGUGUCCAGCCCGCCUACCUCACCCAGCCAGCAGCUGCCUCCGCAUUUCUACCCACGCUAUGUGCUGCCGCUUGCCUUCGGCAAGUACUUUGCAUCCGUGUCGGCGCAUGUGAGUAUCUGGAAGGUGCCCUUGUCCUAUGCGCACACCGUCAGGGCCACCAUGCCCAUCUGGGUGGUCCUUUUGUCCCGGGUCAUCAUGAAAGAGAAGCAAAGUACCAAGGUGUACUUGUCACUCAUCCCCAUCAUCAGUGGCGGCCUACUGGCCACUGUGACCGAGUUGUCUUUAGAUGUGUGGGGACUCCUCAGCACCCUCGCUGCCACACUCUGCUUUUCGCUUCAGAACAUAUUCUCCAAAAAGAUAUUGAAGGAUUCUCAGAUCCAUCCGCUCCGGCUGCUGAACAUCCUGGGCUGCCAUGCCAUUUUCUUUAUGAUCCCCACGUGGGUCUUGGUGGACCUCUCUGCUUUUCUAGUCAGCAGCGACUUGACCGACGUCUCCCAGAGGCCUGGGAUGCUCCUGCUCCUGGCUGUAAGUGGCUUCUUCAACUUUGCCCAGAACAUCAUCGCCUUCAGCAUCCUCAACCUUAUCAGCCCCCUGAGCUACUCGGUUGCCAAUGCCGCCAAGAGAAUCAUGGUUAUCAUCGUAUCCCUGAUAACGCUGCGCAACCCAGUCACCAGCACCAACCUCCUGGGCAUGAUGAUGGCUAUCCUGGGGGUCCUCCUGUACAGCAAGAUCAAGUCCGAGGCAAACCAGCAGGCCCAGAAGCACCUCCUCCCCAUCACCGUGGCUGACCUGACUGGCACCCAGCGAGAGCAGAGGCUCCUUUCUCGGCAACCCGGGGGCUACCAAUAUGGCUACAACGUCUUAACAGAGCACUUUCAUUAGAGCCAACAGAGCUUCUCAAACUCGAGUUUCAACCCUUAUGAUGUGUAG